UUUUUACAAUUUAAUUGCUGUUUAUUUUCAACAAGUUUAAACACAGUAAUUGAUUUUCAAAACGUUCUUAUCAUGGAAAUAAAUAAAUUUCUCUUUUUUAUUCUGACCAUUUGUGUAUUGGUUCGAGCCGAUAGAAUUCUUGAUUUGAUUGAAUUACGACCAUCGUCGAUAGCAUACGAUCAACCUACAAUUUGUCAAUUGAACGAAAAUGAAGUCAAAUCAUUGCUGACUUUGUCCGAACAAUCAACAAACAAUCAGAAAUCUAUUCUGAUUAGAAUUCAUGAAAAUGAGGACUCUUUCAUCAAUGAUAUUCGAUCACAAUUAUCUGCAUUGGGUUACCGAGUUUGUUCAUUCGAAUCAUCACAUGAAUCGCUUGUUGUUGCUAAUAUAACGAUUGUUAAUAAUGACGGACAUGUCAUACCUUAUUAUGGUCGCCGUGAUCCAUCAACAUUGAUUCGUUUUCUUGCUCAUUUGGAACAGCGUAUUUCUAAAUCACCAUAUCAUACGAUUAAUGGCAAAUUAGACAAGAAAGCUUAUGAGCACGUGCUGGAGCCUAAAAUAAUCGCUUAUUAUCCCGACAUUACAGCGCCAGCAUUUACGCAAUUUCAACAAGCUGCCAAACUAAUGGCUCCUAGUCCUCCAUUUUUUGUCGUACAUGACCCACAGCUUGCAGCCAAAUUUCGACUCAAUCAACCGGGACAAAUAUCUUUAGUUCGUCGUUUAGAAAAAUCUCAAAUAUUUUUUCCUUCACCAACAUUGUCAAUGAUGUCAUCGGAACAAACGCAGACUAUUAAUGCUCAGGAUAUUAUUCAAUGGAUUCAAGAAAAUCGUGGACUAGUGAUGCAUGAACUCAAAGAUACCAAUCUUUAUGAACCGGAGAUUCAUGAUCCUAACAAAUAUCAAAUGGUUGCAGUUGGUGACAAAUCAUCGCCACUUGGUUUGUAUUUUUACAAGAUUCUCACUAAAACCAUACAAAAUAUUAGUCGUGAAAAUGAAAUGAAAUUGAAUCAUCCGUUAACAACUGAUGAUAAUGUCAAUGAAGAUGAAGAUAUAACGAAUUCUGAUGCACAAGCUGACAUUCAGCCAAAUGAACCCGUUGAUUUAAUUCGUUUGGACGAUGUCGAAAUUGUGUGGAUCGAUUUGCAACAAUUUCCUUCAGCUUCAUUAAACUUACAAAAAUUAUUUCAAAUCGAACCUGUUCAAAACGUUUGGUUCGGUCUUAUUCAUUCGCCACCAACGGCCAUUGCUACUCAAGGCUUGGAUUCAGUAUGGUUUGAUUUGAAUGGCUUGAAUUUGACUAGAAGUGAUCGUCAAACCGACCAGGCAAAUAUUUGGCUAGUUCGUGAUUGGAUCCUAUCGGUUACCGAUCGUGAAAUGAAAUCUGUUACCAAUAAUUCAUCAGCUGGUGAACCAAGUGCUUUUGUCUUAGAACCUGAACCAGUUUCUGUGCGACAAGGUGGCAAUUUCCUACUUGAAUGUCAAGUUCUUCCUCAUUUAAAAUGCAGUUGGAUGAAAGAUUCUCAAUCAAUUGUUGUUGAUGAUGUUAAUGGUUCCCGGUAUCGCUAUGCUAUUCCAAGUCGUAUUGGCGGUGAUUGUAGCCUAAUGGUAAAAGGAGCACGAAUUGAAGAAGAUCAAGGAGAAUGGACAUGCUUGGUAGAAGGUACAACAGAAAAAUCUAUGCCUAUCAAAGUGAAUGUUCGAUAUGAUACAAAAACGGAACUAUAAUUGUUUUUUAUCAAUCAAUAAUAUUGUGAUUUGAAUCGUUGGUUUUUAUUCUUGAUUUAAUAAACCUGAAAAUAAUGAAUG